CCAUUGUUUUCCUAUUCAGCAAGACGGGAUUUGGGGUCGUCAGAGAAAUUGCUCCGAUUUUCAGAUAGUUAUGUCGUCGGAGAAAGAAGCUUCAACAUCCACAACAAAUCGCAAGUUAUCGUGCUCCACUUGCUUCGAUGCUCUCUGGUUCUGCUACUCCCCGGUUCAUCAAAUGCAGCAGUAUUAUAGGCUUGGGGUUCUCGACAAUUGUUCCGAUAAAUGGAGAGCGAUGGUUGAUUGCUUAUUGCUCAAGACCAAACACGCUUCUCAAGUCCAGGAAGCUCUAGAAACUAAAGAGAAAUCAAAGACACACAUUUGGACAUUUCGGACACCAGAAGAAGCUUCAUACCACUGGAAAGAGCUUUAUGGUCAUUUAGAUGAGCCUGAAUUAUGAAAAUAAAUUCGUGCCAAUGAACAUUGUAUAUUGCCUUCUGAUUUUGCUGGUGAUUGAGAGGAAGAGAAGAGACCAAAGAAGGCUUAUAUCAAAUUGAAGAUGCCAGGGAGCGAGAUUUUUAUUCCAUUUUUUGUGCAGUCGUCACAUUGAAUUUUGUAUUCAGAAG